AUGAUCUCCUCCGUUUGUAGUUUUCGCCCAUUUAUCCCUCACAUCCCCUUUGACCUGUACGUGGUGAGUAUGCUUGUUCAAUCUCAAAGAAAUGCCGUAUGUUGAUAUAUUGAACACCAAAGUUGUGGUUAAUAUUCCCAUCCUUGAGCUUCCACACUUCGUUCUCACCAUCCUGCUCCACAGCACUCUUUAGAUGCAGAGUUUCCUUCUACUAGAGAUAGUUGGACGGAUGGGAAGAUGUUGCUACUUACAUAAUACAACAUAAUGACUGAGAUUAUAUUUUUGCCAUCAUUGUGUUAAUAAAUAUCUAUUUCCCCUUGUCUCAGUGUGAAAUGGCCUUCCCUCGCCUGAAGCCGGCCCCUGAUGAGACAGCCUUCAGUGAGGCCCUACUGAAGAGGAACCAGGACCUUGGCCCCACCUCUGUUGAACAGGUCUGUGACUAAGCACACGUGUUUACAUGACCGUUUACUAUUUUAGACAUGUACAGUCUGCUGCUUGUGAGCAACUGGAGUAAUUCACGUGAGGUGGCCUGACCAGACAGUACAGCACCAAUAACUUUUUUUAGUUGUGUGUCUGUAAUAAGCUGGUAACAAUAUCCACUUAUGUUGUUAAUGAUCGCUUUCCUGCCCAACUAGAUGUGCAGGCGCAGCAUUGCAUCAACCAAUGGUUGCGUGCCAAGUCAAUCGACAGGGUAUCUGAUUGCUCUAUCAUAUGAUGUGGUUAGCUGAUAUGUUAUAUACUGUAAUGGGAAUUUCCAUGUGAACAAAAAGGAAAGCAGUAUUGGAUAAAAUAUAUAAAAAAUCAAUCUGGUUUAUUACAAGUUGCAAAGGGGAGACACCUCCAGAACAGGAGCAGAGAAAAUGUCUAACAGGCCUUCUCUGAGAAGGCCCUUAUAUAUUAAUCACACAGCACCGAAUGUUCUGUAAACACCAGCCCGAGAGGCUUGUAGGAAGUCACAACAUCAGGGUUGUAUAUUGAUUACGUCUUGCAACAGAAACUGUUUACCUUUAAGAAGCAAAUGGAACGAAAUGAGGAGGGACCUACCUGAAUUUGUCCAAUAGAAACUUGUUUUCCAUUUGGAGUAAACGGUUUCUGUUGCAAAACAUUUUGCAACAGAAUCAGCGUAAUUAAUGCACCCCUGCUGCUACAGAAUCACACAGUAACCAGGUUUCCAUCCAACCUUUAUAUGCGAAUAAAGUACAUGAUGGAUAAAAAUGUCACGACAGGCCUGAUGGAAUUACACUAGACAAGGUGGGAUGUUUUUGUGUCGGUUAAAUUAAGUAUGCGAGAUAUGGCGGUGGAAAUGCCUUUAUGAGCAAAUAUUGAUAUAAUAACCAUCAUAUUGAAGUAAACUGGGAGUCACGCAAUGAUCUUGUUUGGUCCUCUCACUACGACUCGGGAAAGCAUGCAGUUUAUUAGGCUACAGAUGAAAUAAGUUAUGAUGAACUUCACAGGGUGGUGAAGUGCACAGUAGUGAGCUUGAUGUUCCUUUCCAAUAAAUAUUGAGGGUCUUAUUCUGAUGACAUGAUGAUCGAUGCUUGGCUGCCGUUUGACAAAUGAAUUUCUCUCAUCGUGUAGGUAGACUACCCGGACUGUAUCUGCGAGCUGUUGGCUAGAGCGCACGUGCCAAGACCAGAGAUUCGCUAUUUAACGCAACAUUUCUUCUUACAAAACCAUCAGUAGAGUUGAAAAUGAGAUGGAAACCCAUUGAACUUGUAUAUUUUUGUUCAGUACAUGGGAAUUUAACCACAAAAGUUAUUUUUAUGUGCACUACGUCAUCACGCACAGACUGUUAUCCGCAACAAGUCAAUUUGAUGGAAACCCAUCUCUGGUGAGAAUUGGUUUUGUUUUUAUGCAGUUUUUAGAAUAUUUGCUUGAAAAUCUGUCCCAGUUGGAUGGAAGCAUAGCCACUGUCACAGAUAUAUUAUCAGUGUCCUCGCAUCCAGUCUGGAGCCAAACUUUACACAACAUUCAAUACUUGGCAGACAUUUUAUACAGGUCAAAGGUAAGAGCAUUAAUUAAAUAUGGUACUUAAACAUCCAUGGUUAACUCCUUUUCACUUCCCCAAGGGAAUGCAUCUGUCUGCAUUUCCCCGCAGAUACAAUCAUGUUUAUUACAUUUCAAUCCAUAUCAACAGUAAAUCAAAUACAGGAAAAUAGGCGUUGUAAGAUCUGGCAUGUGUCUGCAAUGUUUUUGGGCAGGAACUGUUGUGGCAGUGAUGCGGAUUGCAAGUGCUCAACAAGUUGUGUGUGUUUAUGGCAGUUUGAUUUCAGACACUUGGUGGCAGCACUGCUCCAAAGUUUUAUGGCGCCGUAUGUGUUACUUCACUCCAGCUGUGUGCUUCAUAGACCAGUGUUUCUUAACCUGUUUUGAACCAGUGUCUAGGAUGACCGCAAUUAAACUAGCACAUUAGAACUGCCAUCAGACAGCAGUUUUACCCUUUCUCUCGUUCUUCUAGUCAUCCAUCUUGUCACUGGUCACCAAAAUCACCAACGUCAUUGACAACUUCAUCGUUUCAGCUGGGGCUGAUGAAGUGGUACGUACUACAGUGUCACAUUUUAUCUCUCACCAGAGAAAUACAGUUUGGUAAAUCCACAAAUGCAGGGAUGAGGGAAUGACAAACAAGUUAGUUGAGUUGAAUGUGACAUUGUUUUCAUUCAAACUCUAGGAAAUUGAGGAAAUGAGACAGGUGGGCUCCUACAAGAAAGGCACCAUGACAACAGGACACAAUGUUGCUGACCUUGCUGUUAUUCUCAAGAUAUUGCCUUCUGGUAAUUUUUUACCUAAAUGCAUUUCCAAUAUCACUAUUACUUGAUACACUAUUACUUGAUGAUCACUACUCGGAGGAAAUGGGUUUGUGGAUGGAAUAUGAUCCAAACUGACCAGUAAUAUGACUGUUUCUCCCAGUGGAGACAGUGACAGCUCUGGGAAACAAGGUGGUGGAGACCCUACGCACACAGGACCCUUCAGAAGGUAAUGCACGUCACUUUUCUUUACAUUAUCCUCAAUCUUUUCUCAGAUCUGAUGCAAUUAUGCACGAUUUUAGGUCUGGGUUUCCAAGAUUAUGACAUUUGUAAUCUACAGUAUAUGUUUAAAUAUGAUUCCCUAGUACUCUCCAUGCUGCCCAAUGAGACAGGCUUUGAGAUCAGUUCGGCCGACGCCACCGUGAAGAUCCUCAUUGCCACCGUGCCCCACAACAUGCGCAAGCUAGAGCCGGAUGUACACAGUACGUACAGUAUAGCAAGGAUCAACAGUCACGCACUUGCGAUGAAGGGUGGAUGGAGGCAGCCAGAGAUAUGGGGAUGGUUUAGCUGUUAACCUUUCACCUCUACUGUCUGUACCCUCUGAUCAAAGAAGUCAGUAGCUGAAAUAUUGCUAUUAUAGUGGACAUGGGGGACUAAAACAUCAAUGUCAACAGGUUUAGCCAGAUAUAUUGAUUGAUUUUGGCUGCCUCCCUUCUCCACAGUCGAUAUAAAGCUCCUGCAGAACUCCCUGGCUGCAGUUCGCCACGCUCGCUGGUUUGAAGAGAAUGCCUCCCACUCCACGUGAGCUGCCACUGCGAACACACACCCACACUUGGCUUCAUCAGUAGUUUUUUUUCUUCUUAACGGUCAAUUUUGGAAUGAAAUGAGAACAAUGGAAAUAUUGUUGAUGUUAAAUGUACCUAUCCAAACAUAUCAGUUUGUGUCUUGAGUGUGUGCGGUCUGGUUCUGGCCUAUCAGGGUGAAGGUCCUGGUCCGUUUGCUGAAGGACCUGAGGACCCGCUUCCCAGGGUUUGAACCCCUAACCCCCUGGAUGUUGGACUUACUGGUGAGCCCCAUGCACGGCUUUCUGCAUACAACAUACACUCAAUUUAUCGAUUUAUGUCUGUCCUGACCCUAUUUAAGCAAACUGGUUGUCUUCAUUGGAAAGUUUGUGUUGAACCUCCAUAGGUGUAAAAAGCACUCCCAUAUGUUAGCCUGUGUGUGUGUCCUCAUUACAGACUUCAGUGUGGGUGUACUAUUUAGAUUUACUGAACCUCAUGUAGUAUGCCUGCCCCUGACAAGCUUCAUUUGGAGGAGAGGUUUUGGUCUGCUCAGCAGUUGGAUACGCACUCAAGGGUCUCUAGGUGUCAUUUAUUACCCAAGCGAACUGCACUUUACAUGGCCAAAGAAAUGGCCAGUCCUGCUAUUUUAGCGUUGACACAAAACAGUCAAAAUACACAAGAUGCUGCCUGCCUGCUAAGUCUGUUUUUCCGUGGUGAAAAUGUUAGGUUUCUCUCUCUCUGUACAGGGUCACUCUGCAGUCAUGAACAACCCCAGCAGACAGCCACUAGCCCUCAAUGUGGCCUUCAGGCGGAGCCUGCAGAUGCUGUCAUCAGGGCUUUUCCUGCCUGGUUCAGCUGGGAUCACAGAUCCCUGUGAGAAUGGACACUACCGUGUAUUCACUGUCAUGAACCUGGAGCAACAGGUACUUGCCUACCGGCCUCUCUCCAUAUCCAUUAUAUUUAAAUGUUUGUUCAUUUAGCAGGUGCUCUUAUCCAGAGCGACUUACAGGAACAAUUAGGGUUAAGUGCCUUGCUCAAGGGCACAUCACAGAUUUUUCUCCUAUUCGGCUCAGGGAUUCAAACCAGCAACCUUUCGCUUACUGGCUCAACACUCUUAACCGCUAGGCUACCUGCCGGCCCGUAUUUUAUCCUAUCUUGUAAGAGUGUAAACCUGCACUUUCUGAAUGUAAUCUUGAAUUAUUCUGUUUGAAUUCAGUUUAUUUUUUGCUUGUCUAAGCAGUAAUCUGCAAGACUGUAGUCGUGGCCUAAUUUGUAAAACUAAGGUAUCAAACAAUGCAUUUGCAGUGUGUUCUCCACAUUAUACCAAGAUGCUGACCAUAAUAUUUGCUCUGUCCAGGACAUGGUGUGCCUCACUGCUCAGACCCUGGUGAGGUUGCUGUCUCAUGGCGGUUACAUGAAGAUUCUUGGUCUGGAUGGAGACGCUACACGUAAGUCAACUCACCUGAACAUGAGGCAUUUACAGCAACUUUAUUAGUGAUUUAAACUUUCUCCCCCACACACGUUUACCUGUUCGGUCCUCUCUGGUCAGAUCUGGUGAUGGAGUCGUCCACGUGGGAUGGAGUGACAGUGAAGCCUUCUGAGAAGGCAUAUGAAAAGAUGCCUGAGGUGGAGGAUGAUGGUGAUUGUGAUGGUGAUGCAGAAAUGGAGAGCAUGGACGCUAAAGAGGGCAUGGACGCUAAAGAGGGCAUGGACACUAAAGACUAA